CAUUCACCCCUGGCCGGCAACCUUGAUCCUGAGCUCCGGGAAGAGCCAAAGUCAGCCUCACUUCUACUGUCAACUUCAAGCCAGGCUAACCUGCAUAAAAUCACCUGAAGCAUGGAUUACGUAUUCCGCGCAGUUACCCAAACCCCAGGGAUCAUAAUCUGGCGUAUUGAGAAAAUGGAGCUGGUUCAGAUCCCUGACAAGUCCUAUGGGAACUUCUUUGAAGGAGACUGUUACAUAUUGCUCUCAACCAAGAAGGUGAGCAAUUCUUUGACGUACGACAUUCACUACUGGAUUGGCUCCCAGUCCAGCCAAGACGAGCAGGGUGCGGCCGCUGUGUACACCAUACAGCUGGACGAGUACCUGGGGGGCGUGCCCAUCCAGCAUAGGGAAGUGCAAAGUCAUGAGUCGGAUGCCUUCCGCGGGUACUUCAAGCAAGGGAUCAUAUAUAAAAAAGGUGGCGUGGCAUCAGGGAUGAGACACAUAGAGACCAAUACAUAUGAUAUAAAGCGCCUGUUGCACGUGAAGGGGAACAAGCGGGUCACAGCCAAGGAGGUGGAGAUGAGUUGGAGCAGCUUCAACCUUGGCGAUGUAUUUCUGCUGGAUACCGGCAAAGCCAUCAUUCAGUGGAACGGACCUGACAGCAACAGACAGGAGCGUCUCAAGGGUAUGUUGCUGGCAAAGGAUAUCCGAGACCGGGAGAGGGGGGGUCGAGCAGACAUUGCUGUGAUUGAGGGAGAUAAUGAAGGAUGUUGCCCUGAGCUUAUGGGGGUCUUGAUGAGCAUCCUUGGAGAGAGAACUGUUACGCUGCCCAAAGGAACACCUGAUGACAUAGCAGACCAGGAACAGAAGUCCCAGCUCACUCUGUACCAGGUUUCUGAUGCAGAUGGGAAAAUGAAGGUCACAGAGGUUGCCACAAGACCAUUGAUUCAGGAUCUGCUAAAUCACGACGACUGCUACAUCCUCGAUCAGGGAGGAGUGAAGAUUUUUGUGUGGAAGGGGAAGAGGGCUAACAAGGCUGAGAGGCAGGCAGCCAUGUCCAGAGCUCUGGAGUUCAUCAAGAUGAAGAACUACCCCAUCACUACCAAUGUGGAGACAGUCAAUGAUGGGGCAGAGUCAGCACUCUUCAAGCAGUUGUUUCAGAGCUGGAGGGUGAAGGAUCAGACAGUGGGUCUCGGCAGGACACACACCAUUGGCAAAGUGGCGAAGGUCGCUCAGACGAAGUUUGAUGCCACGCAGAUGCAUGCAAUGCCAGAUGUGUCAGCUCAGGAACGCAUGGUAGAUGACGGUUCUGGAGAAGUGCAGGUAUGGCGGAUCGAAAAUCUGGAAUUAGCUCCUGUUGAACCAAAAUGGUAUGGCUACUUCUAUGGUGGAGACUGCUACCUCAUUCUCUACACCUAUGAGGUUCACAUGAAGAAAAGCUAUCUCCUGUACAUCUGGCAAGGCCGCCAUGCUUCUCAGGAUGAAUUAGCUGCUUCAGCCUAUCAGGCAGUGAUUUUGGACCAGACGUACGGUGGACAACCUGUGCAGGUGCGAGUCACAAUGGGCAAGGAGCCACGCCACUUCAUGGCUAUGUUCAAGGGCAAAAUGGUUGUCUUUGAGGGUGGAACCUCCAGGAAUGGGGUGGUGGAGCCAGAGCCACCAAUUCGUUUGUUCCAGGUCUGUGGUUCAGAGCCACUGAACACCAAGGCUAUUGAGGUGCCAGCAGUUGCUGCCUCGCUGAACUCCAAUGAUGUAUUUCUUUUGAUAAGUCAGACUGGGAGGUACCUGUGGUGUGGGAAGGGUUCCAGUGGAGAUGAGCGGGCUAUGGCAAAGGAGGUCAGCUCUGUUAUUGGCCUGGGUUUUGAGGAAACUGUCGCAGAAGGGCUGGAGCCAAUUGAAUUCUGGAACCUCCUGGGUGGAAAGGCACUUUACGCCAGUGAUAAGAGAUUACAACAAGCAGUUGUAGAUCAUCACCCCCGUCUCUUUGAGUGUUCCAACAAAACAGGACGCUUCAUUGUUACUGAGAUAGCCCAUUUCACCCAGGAUGAUCUCUGUGAGGAUGAUAUCAUGCUUUUAGACACAUGGGACCAGAUAAUUCUCUGGCUGGGAAAUGAUGCCAAUGAGACAGAACGCACUGAAUCAGUGGUGAUCAGCCAGGAGUACCUGCAUACCCACCCAGGCUCCAGGGAUCCAGACACCCCUGUUCUCCUGGUCAAGCAAGGAUUUGAGCCUCCCACAUUCACAGGAUGGUUCACUGCCUGGGACCCUUCAAAAUGGAGUGGAGGAAAGACCUAUGAGCAGCUGAAGAAGGAACUUGGAGAUGUCACAUCUAUAACCAGAAUCUCAACUAAUCACAGCAAGAGCUCUUCUGCUGUGGAGAACGAUCCGAUUUUUGAGAACUACCCCCCAGAGAUGUUGAUCAACAAGCCGGCAACUGAGCUGCCAAAGGGGGUAGACCCUGCGCAAAAGGAGAAAUACCUUUCAGACUUGGACUUCAGUGCUGUGUUUGGAAUCUCCAAAGACAACUUUGCCAGCCUUCCUCGGUGGAAACAGCUAAACAUGAAGAAGAGCAGAGGGCUCUUCUAACACAUUGCAUUGAGCUGUUGUAUCACGUUUGUUCUAUACAAGUGUUCUCGUGUUGCUUGUCUUUUAAAAGUCCAUGCAUAAAGGAAAAAUAGCUUCUGUUUGCUUCAGCUUUCUUCCGAAAUCCAAUAAAUGCU